AUGUUUCAGGUUCCGGCCACAGAUGAAGAGUGGAAUACAAUAGAAAGGGGAUUCAGCUCAAGGUGGAAUUUCCCAGGAGUAUAUGGAGCUAUUGAUUGGAAACAUGUAUUAAUUCGUGCACCAAUGGAUUCUGGGAGUGAUUUUUUUAAUUACAAAGGGACAAAUAGCGUUAUUUUAUUGGCAGUUGUGGAUGAUGAUUACUGUUUUACAUACAUAAAUAAUGGAGCGAAUGGAAGGUGCUCAGAUGGUGGUGUCUUUCAAAGCAGUUCAAUUUUUAACGACCUUGAAAAAAACAUGUUACCCGAGGGUGGAUUUAUAGUUGGAGAUGCUGCAUUUCCACUAAAACCAUAUUUACUGAAACCAUAUCAACAUUCACCACUAACUUUCGAACAAAAAAUUUUCAAUUAUAGACUUUCAAGAGCGCGGAGAAUUGUUGAAAAUGUGUUUGGAAUCCUCGUGAGUAGAUUUAGAAUAUUUGAACGACCUAUUGCUACAAAUGUGAUGGUAACUGAUAAAAUUAUCCGGACAACAUGUGUUUUACAUAACUGGUUGAGGAAGACGUCAACUACUUAUUUGGUGAAGGAAAAUAUUGAUCAUGAAAACGUAGACACUGGAGAAAUCAUUCAAGGAUCUUGGAGAACUGAGAACUUGACGUUGUUACCAAGUGUUGAGCGAAUGGGCAAUAAUCACUCGUCAAGACUAGCAAGAGAAAAGAGGGAAAGUUAUACCAGAUACUUUUCCAAUGAGGGUGCUGUUCCGUGGCAGUCAAGAAUGGUUCUUUGA